UAGAGAGCCAUAAACACAACGCAUACGUACCUUUGGGAAGCAGUCGAUGAUCCAAAGAACACGAGAGAAAUUCACUCCCAACCAAUAAUCUUCUGCUUCAAUUUGCUAAAAUUUGUUGUAUAAAAUGCCAUCUCCAUCCCCUGCGUUCCCUGCAGCAGAGAAAGGCAGCAAGAGGGGCUUUAAUUAGCCAUUACUUUUCACAGUUUUGUAAUUUGCAUUUGGAUUUGGGGAAAAAAAACACAAAUUUAAACCAAAACACGAAAGCAAACAAGCAAAAAAAAAAGAAGAAAAAUGAUGAACAUGAUGAACCCUAGAGCCUCCUCUUCUGUCCUCUGUUUCACGCCAUUUCUGAUCCUCCUCCUGUUUUCACCCUCCGCUUCCGCCUUCAACAUCACCAGACUCCUCAAUCAAUUCCCUCAAUUCGGUGCUUUCAAUGAUUAUCUCACCAAAACUCAUCUCUUCGAACAGAUCAACACUCGCCAAACCAUCACCGUCCUCGCCCUCGACAACGCCACCGUCGCCGCAAUCGCGCAGAAUUCUCUCGAUGUUAUCAAGCAGAUCCUCAGCGCUCAUGUGAUUCUCGAUUACUACGACAAUGCUAAAUUCAAGAAGCUCGGCACCGACAAGCCUACCGUCCUCACCACCAUGUUUCAGGCCACCGGCGACGCCGUCUACCAACAAGGUUUCGUCAAGGUCGUCCACAACCGCAGGGGAGAAAUCGAAUUCGGAUCUGCGGCCAAAAGCGCUCCGUUCACUUCUAGGCUUGUGGAACCCGUCGCUUCUCAGCCUUACAAUAUCUCCGUCCUUCAAAUCAGUUCUCCGAUUGUGGUUCCUGGCAUUGGUCGUUACAACCUCCCGCCUCCGUCGCCUGAGGCGCCUGAGCCACCGGUUGAGGCUCCGGCUCCGGCGUCGGCUGAUGCUCCUGCACCGGAGGCGGACGCUCCCGAUGCUGAUUCUCCAUCGCCGGCUGCCGAUGCUCCGUCACCAGCAGCUGAUGCUCCGUCGCCGGCGGCCGAUGCACCAGACGCGCCGGCGAAAUCUCCGAAGAAGGCGGCAGAUGCUGAUGACGCAGAUGCACCGGGCCCUGCCGAUGCCGAUGCCGCGGACGACUCUGCAGCUUCGCGCGGCCAGAUCGCCGGCGCCGGAGUUGUUCUCGGAUUGUUGUCUGUUGCCCUUGCUUUCUAAAUUGAAGUUGAAAUUUAAGCGAAAGAAAGAGAAAAAGAAAAAGAAAGAGAAAAGGAAAAGAUGUUAGGAUUGUUGAUACAUUUUUUCUUUCUUUUGUGAAGAAAAAAUGGCGGAGAUUUCUCCAUGCAAUGCCUACAUUUAUCAAAAAGUCCAUAUGAAUGGGGAAAAAAAAGAAAUCCAAUCAUUUCUUUAUGAUAAAAGACUUAUUUGUUAUUCAUC